CAAAUGGAAUCCACCAGAAGUAAGAUAAUCACCAUCUGACAGAAGAUUUCGUUACUGAGCAUCCUGGUGCCUUACUAUGGAUACAUCCACGAAUGAGCAGAGCUGCUUCUCCAGCUAGAUAAGAAAACUAGAGAGAUCUGGCUUCAGAACCUGAAACCAUUUCUUGGAGUAAUCAUGGACUUUAAGAAGUGAACUCUGGUUAAGGAGAUAAAUGGGAUUUUAACGAAGGAGAAUGUGGAGAACCUGCUUACUUCGAAUCAUCAUCUGUAUUUCAGUCUGAGGAUAAACCUGAAAUCCGAACAAUCAUAUCAAGCCAUGGUCUAUCUGAUUGAUCAUAUGGAGAUGCACCUCAAGGAUCAGUUCGACUUCGUCGACGUAGAGCUGGGCAAGAAAUCCUCUAGCGCUUGUAGCCUAUUUUUACAAAAAUAUUUGGAGAAAGGAUUCGACUGAGAUGCAGUAUGCUUUGAUUUUGUAUCAUUCGAUGACUUGGUCAAAGACUACUGUGAAGAGAAUUCAGUCCAAUCAGAAGAUGCAUCUGUUGGGCUAGAUCUGAUGCACUCAUAUGAUUCUCUGAAGAAUCUGAGCAUCACAGGGGAUUCUUUAGAGGAGGAAAAGGAAGAGCUAUCUCUGGCAGAAAAUAUUCAGAAGGUAUUGGAAAGCAAUUACAAGUUUAUAUCCAUCAGUGCACAAGCACUGAUAUAUGCAUAUCAGCGCAAAGCAGAUUUUCAGUUUGAGCAUAGUCUUUGUAAAGAGAUUCUGAUCAACCUUGAGUUUUCAGACUUCUCUCUCAGAAAUACAGAGUAUCUAGAGAUGGCAAAAGGCCUUGAAGUUGUCUUAAGGCACAUGCCGAGAAUCGAGACUAUUGAUUUCCAUGGAAGCUUGAUGCUCGAAAAUCUUAUUUCCAGAUGUUUUUCAGAUAAGUAUGGAGCUUUUGACAAGAUCCAAAAUGUGAGAAAAUAUCGAUUUUACAACAGCUGUAGUGAUGAAGCUACAAGGCUUGAAUUGAGUGUGAAGAAUGCUGAGAUCAUUUAUAUCCACCCUGACACUAACCAGCUGCAUUUGUAUACAGUGCACAAACUCAAAAUCAAACUUUUUUCUGAAGAUUUCAAGUUAUUAGAAGAAUCUAAGAUCUUUAAAAAUUCUGAAGAGAAUAAAGAAGAGAGUAGUAGUGAAAAAGAAGCCCAGGUGUAUCUCCAGACCAGUGCAGAUUUCAAUUUAAUCAAGCUUAUAAACAUCAAGCUUUGAAAUGAUAAGGAGAAGAAAGAUCUGUACAUUGAAAAGAUUCUGAAGUCAGACAGAAAAUUGUUUGAUUUUAAAAAUCUCCCACCCAUGAUAUUUAAAUUCUCGAUGAAAUAUCCGAUCCUUAAGUGUCAGAAAUAAAAGAAAAAUGUCUGGAGUUAGAGGACGUCCUUGCUUUCUGUGGAGGAUCCUUCCGUAUGUAGAAGAUCCACAGCCUUUGUUUUACAUUAAAAGCGACCUGACUGGGAAGAGGCCUCACUACACUUUCAACGUGUUCAUUGAACCAACAAUGAGUUCUAGAGCAAAUCCAGAUUCAAAGGCAAGAGUUGAUUAUUCUCAUUGCCUUGAUGGAAUCAAGGCCAUGCCUGAUAACUCUCUGCUGUCUAUCAUAGUGCAUACCUACUUUUUUAGGAAUAAAGUAAAGAGUCCAACCUCUCGAUUAUCGAGAGGAGAUGGUAGUCCAGAACACGAGUAUAUAAAAGAGUACGUAAAAGACAAUGGAGCAGACCAACUUUGUGAUCUUCUAGAAGCUCUUAAAGAUACUCAUUUGCAAGAACUCAGAUCUGAAGGAAUCAUCCAUGGUGAUGUUGUUGUCCAGAAGAUCUGUGAGCUCUGAGAAGCCAACCUCAGUAUUAUAGAUAUUGACCUAAAUCUGGUUAAUGUUAAGCAUGUUCAUCAGAUUUUGCACUCACUAUGAAAAAAUUAUACAGUUAAGACAGUUAAGCUGAUGACUGUAGAACAAAUCAAAAUUGGCAAAUCUAGUAAGACUGCUCAUGCUUCUGAAGAAGCAAAAGAGAGCAAUAGCUUACAUUCAGAGAUCCUCCAAUUCUGUGAAGAGUUCAGAAAUGAGAGGAUCGGGACUAAAAUAAUACUAAACACAGACCAUCAAAGAUUCACAACAGCAGACGUAAAGGGUUAUAGUUUAAUUUACAAAUAAAGAAGCUUAU